ACCCCAUGGAGCUGCGCAUGCUUUAUUGGUCGUUAGGUGUCUCUCUUCCUGACUAUGUCAGCAAUGACACAGUAUGACAGCAAAUGGGCAUUGCGCCAAUACCCAAGAAAAUGCAGGAGAAACACUGGUAUGGCCAUGUCUUAUGAGCAGCCCCCCACACCUUCCAUUUUAACACAAGUGGAAAACACCCUGUGGAAAGCUGAAGCAAAGGUGGCAAGACACAAGAAAUGGAGAUAUGAAAAUUGCCCAGCUGGACCCGGAUGCUACGUUUGAUAUACAAGAUGGCAUUCAUCAAUUCAAAAAGCGAAUCCUGCACCUGUUGGGAAUAACGCUAGGAGGAGGAUGAAUUUAUUUUAUAUUUCUUGGUAUACAGGAGAGAGAUUCAAGGAAAAUUACUGGGCUUAGGUGGCAGAAGUUAAGUUUUAAGAUUUUACAGGAAUCUGUAAAAUUUCAUAUUAAUGGGAUCUAUUUUGGUACCACUCUUUAAGAAGCUGUCUUUAAAAGCAGCUUUGAAACUGGCUAAAGGUUCCAUAUUUAUUUAUUUAUUAAAUUUCUAUCCUCCCUUUAUUAUUUUACAAGUAAGGCAGCAAAAAUACAUAAUACCGUGCAUCAUUACAUGAUGGGUGAACUGUGUCAUAAUUGUUUAAUUGGUCAGCCAAUGACAUUUCACUUGGAAUCCUGCAAGCAAGGGAACUAGACAACAGAAAGUCAGCUAUUAGGUACAUCUGUAUCCCUGAAAAAAAUAAUAUUAAAGAACCUGAAAGCACUGCGCUAUGAAAUGAGUUUGGAUUCUGAAAACAAAGCAUAUGCCACAGAGGCUGGCGCACCAAAUUUGUUUCUUUGCGACACCUGUGGAAGGCAUUUUGCACAGGAAGCACUGGCAAGGCACAAUCCGAUAUGCAAAAAAAUUUUCAACAAGAAGCGCAAGCCAUUCAAUUCCUUGAAACAACGACUACAGGGAACUGACAUCCCAACAGUGAAAAAGAAGCCACCUGUGAAGAAUGGACGGGAGAAAAAAUCGAAUUGGAGACAACAGCAUGAAGAUUUUAUUUCGGCCAUCAGAGCAGCUAAACUUGCAACUCGUGCCAUGAAAGAAGGCCGUCCUCUUCCACCACCACCACCUCCAUCCAUUAACCCAGAUUAUAUUCAGUGUCCUUACUGUAUGAGAAGGUUUAAUCAGACUGCUGGAGAAAGGCACAUCAACUUUUGCAAAGAACAAGCUGCCAGACGAUCCUUUGCCCCAGGCCAGAAGGGAGGCAAACCAGCUUCAGGGAAACAAGGAGUCUCCAAAAAAGAACCAACUUUAACAAAUGCUGUGGGGACACUACUUCAGAAUAGAUUACAAGGGGCAAAUACUGGCCCAUCUGUAACAGGACAUGGUAUUGAAAUUUCAGCUGGAGCAGUACAGAAAAAAAUAUCCCCCAUUUCUUCUGGAACAGAAACUGGACUACCUAAAUUAAUGCUUGCCUGCUCUUAGGGCUCCAACUCAGGGAAGAAGAUGAGGAGAACAUGCCCACCAAACUUCUGAAUAGCAGCCUUUACUUUUUACAGCACCUGAAUUAGAAGAGCUCAGCAAACCAGUUUACAUACAUUCAGCCUCCCAUCUCUUAAAACUUGUAUGAUGGAUUGAAGUGUGAUAAUAAAACUAGCAUGGCCAUA